GUCACCUGCGCUGUGACCUGCUCCGCAGUCAUAAAGAGGACGCCGGGACACUCAGAAUCAGGGAAAUGGAUUCAGGAUGUGGCUGUGAACUUCUCCCAGGAGGAGUGGGCUUUGCUGGAUCCUUCCCAGAAGAAUCUCUACAGAGAUGCGAUGCAGGAAACUUUCAGGAAAUUCAUCUCUGUAGGGAAAAAAUGGAAAGACCAGAAUAUUGAAGAUCAGCACAAACAUCCCAGGAGGACUCUAAGAAAUUUUAUGGGAGAGAGCCUCUUUGAGAGUACAGAAGGUAGCCAGUGUGGAGAAACUUUCACCCAGGUUCCGGAAGACAUGCUGAACAAGAAAACUGUUUCUGGAGUAAAAUCAUGUGAAAGCGGUACGUGUGGAGAAGUCUUCAUGGGACAUUCAUCCCUUAACAGGCACAUCAGAGCCGACACUGGACACCAACCAUGUAAGUGUCAGAAAUUUGGAGAGAAGCCAUAGAAGCAUGAACAACGGGGGAAAGCCUUGAGCGAUAGCCGCUGCUUUCAAACACAUGAAAGGCCUCACGCUAGAGAGAAACCUUUUGAUUGUAAGGAAUGUGGAAAAUCUUUCAUUUCUCCUGCAAACAUUCGAAGACAUAUGGUAAUGCACAGCGGAGAUGGACCUUAUAAAUGUAAGUUUUGUGGGAAAGCCUUGGAUUGUCUCAGUUGAUACCUUAUCCAUGAAAGGACUCACACUGGAGAGAAACCAUAUGAAUGUAAACAAUGUGGUAAAGCGUUCAGCUGGCACAGUUCUGUUCGAAUCCAUGAAGGAACUCACACUGGGGAGAAGCCAUGUGAAUGCAAGGAGUGUGGGAAAUCAUUCAGUUUUUCCAGUUCUUUUCGCAGACAUGAAAGGACAUACACAGGAGAGAAGCUGCCUCAGAAAUCAUCUGACCAUGUGUCCUCGUUUGCCAACGAGAAUCCUGGAUAGUACCUGUUGUCCCAACAUAAUUUUUCAUAGCACCUCAUCUUCUUGCCAUGGUUAUCCAUGUCUGAACAAUGAAUAUGUAUGAGUACUUUCACACAUAAGCAAAAUUAGGUUUAUUAAAUGAAGUUUCCAGGAAUGUUUAAAUUUCAACACCUGAUUUGCCUUAUCACAAGUUAUGGCUGUGCUAAUUUCUCCAGGCAAUAUUCAUGGAAUAUUGAAUUUAUCGUUUUAAGGUGUGGAGCAAUGAAGAUGCCCAAGAGGCCGGGUUCACACCUGUAAUCCCAACACUUUGGGAGGCUGAGG